UCCCUCCCUCCCCACCCCAACCCAAGCAUAAAACAAAACCUAAAGAAACCAACGGAAAGACCACCGCCAUCAUCACUGCACACAACUACAAGUAGGAAAGAGAAAAACACAAAAUAAUGGCGAGAAUCCUUCAGCAACACUCCUCUCGCAACACCCUCUUAGCUCUCCAUCCCUCUUCUCUCUUCCUCCUCUUCGCUUUCUUCCUCAAUCACGUCCACCCAGUGAAGCCCAGCACCUACAUAUACUCGGGUUGCUCCCAGGAGAAGUACCAGGCAAGCACUCUCUUCGAGUCGAACCUCAACUCAGUCCUCACGUCCGUGGUGAGCUCGUCCUCGCAAGCAGCUUACAACAGCUUUGCCAUCGGGAACGGCACCUCGGCCCCGCCCGAGGCCUCGAUCUAUGGGCUAUAUCAGUGCCGGGGCGAUCUGAAGCUUGCCGACUGCUCGAAAUGCAUCCAAAGCGCCGUGAGCCAGAUGAGCUUGGUGUGCCCCUACUCGUACGGGGCUUCCCUUCAGCUUGACGGCUGCUACGUGAGAUACGAGCAUAUUGAUUUCUUGGGGAAGCUCGACACGAGCUUGAGGUACCAGAAGUGUAGCAAGAGCGCCGAGAGUGAUCAGGAGUUCUUCCGGCGCAGAGACGACGUCCUCGCCGAAUUGAAAGUGGCGCUAGGGUUUCGGGUCAGCAGCUCGGGACUGGUCGAGGGUUUCGCCCAAUGUUUAGGCGAUCUGAGCCCGUCCGAUUGCUCAACUUGCCUCUCGCAGGCGGUGGAGGAACUGAAGACCCUGUGCGGAUCCGCGGCGGCGGCAGACAUCUUCCUGGCUCAGUGUUAUGCUCGCUACUGGGCUUCUGGCUACUAUGAUUUUUCUUCAGGUUCUUCCAACAGCGAGGACCAAGCCGGCAAAACCGUCGCCAUCAUUGUGGGAGCAGUCGCAGCCCUCGCCGUCUUGGUCGUCCUCCUCUCACUCUGCCAAAAAGCGAUGGGUUGAGAAGAGCGAUCGAGAAUAUGCAACAUUCCAUGGAGGAUGGUCCAUCUCUCUGUUCCUUUUCUUCUUCUUUUUUCCUUUUUAAGUUUUAUUUUUGGCUUUUGUUUUUGGGUCUUUGUUUAGGCCAAAGCUAAGUCUUGACCUAUCCUUUUGACUGUGGAUGGCAAUAUAAUUCGACUUCAAAAGCA